AUGGAGUCACCAUUGCUGACCUUACUAGUUCUCAGUUUGGGGGUUGUGUUGAGCUUCUCUGCUUUGUCAGUGGAAUCUCAGGGAAAUGUGAAUCCUGGAAAACCACCUCCUACUUCGCCGCCGUCAGUACAGGAUCCACAUAAAUCAUCACCUCCUCCGCCGCCUCAUCUGUCACCUCCACCGUCACCUCCGUUGUCACCGUCUCUAUCUCCACCUCCACCUCCAACUCCAACUCCUCCUCCACCACCACCACCACCACCACCACCAUCAUCACCACCGCCUCCACUUUUCUCUCCCCCUCCUCUCUCUCCGCCGCCGCCAACGAUUCGCACUCGCGGUAUUCCUCUUCCAGAGAACAGAACAAGAUCGCCGCCGCAUUUGCAUAAACGGCACAACAACACUACUCAGGACUAUAUCGGCCCAACUUCGGAGCAGAAGCUCAAUAUAGGAAAGAAAAUUGGGUUGAUGUUUGUGGGUGUUGCAGCGAUCUUGCAAGUUUGUGUAGUGGUAUUUUUGGGAAUCAAAAGAAGACAGCUUUUGAAGGCCAAUUGA